AGUUUCCUUCAGUGCAUUAUCAAAUGAAAUAGUCAUCUCACCAGCAGAUACUGGUUUAAACGCAUUGAACAUCACUAUAAUGUUGCUUCGUGUGCUGCUCCUCCUCUGUGCUUUUCCUCCUUCAACUGCUAAAGGACGACUGAGACAAUUCUACAAAGGACUGAAGGAUGUUCAAAGAAUGGAUGCUGUAAAUGAAUGCAGAACAAACUACACUGACCUCGUCACAGUUUAUGACCAACAAGACAAUAUGGAACUGAGUAAACUGCUCAUUAGUCCUCCUAGUAUCCCUAGUGGCUGGAUUGGUGCACAUAUAGUACAACCCAGUAAGAAAUGGUCAAAUGGUGAUGAGGUCACAUAUGAAAAAGAUUUUCAAAUGGAUUGUUGGGAAACAUGCUGCGCUGCUAUGAAACCUGAUGGAAACUGGGAAUCUCUCCAAUGCAAGGAGAAAAGACAAUUCAUGUGUUAUAAACAAGAUGUUGGGCGAGCAUCAUACAACUACAUGUUAAUCCCUGAGAACAAAACCUGGUUUGAGGCUCAGCUGUACUGCAGAGAGAAUCACACUGAUUUAGCCAGUAUCAGAAAUGAGGAGGAAAAUAAACGAGUGAUGGAAGCACGAGGCAAGGAUAGGCCUCCUUGCUGGAUCGGCCUGCUGAAGGACAGUGUGGAAUGGAAUGAUGGAGGACAAUCUGCUUACAGAAACUGGACCUCUGAACAUCUGCAAUCAAAGCAUCCUGAGGUUUUCAUGAGUAGCCAUCAGACUGUGUCUUGGUCAAAAAUUAACACCGGAGCAUACUAUCCUCUAUGCUACAAGAGCCUCAUUCAUGUCAGUGAGGAUGAAAUGUCCUGGGAGAGGGCUCUGGAUUACUGCAACACUCAACAGAAUACAACCAGGCUUCUGUGUAUCGAGUCUAAGGAUGAUCAGAUAGAAAUGGAGCGAGAGCUAAAAAGACAGAAUAUCUCGGGGCCAGUGUGGGUGGGGCUUAGACAGAGUCGACUUUUUGGAUUCUGGAUUUGGUCCAAUGGGCUCAAUGUGGGACCCUGGACCAACUGGAAAGAAGGAAGUGCACCAGAACAUCUGAUAUCCGAGCACUGCGGUGCCAUAGAGAAGGUGAACGGUCAAUAUAAAUGGUGUGAUAAAGACUGCCGAUCAGAAUUUCAAGUUUUAUGUGAGGGGAAACAAACCACUGUACUAACAUCUUAGAUCUAACAUCUUACAAACCAUCUUACUUUGCUAUGUGCUUUAGUUUAUGCUGUAUUCUCUUUUGUAGUUACUGGCUUCUUAAAAAAAAAAAAAGUUUAAUUUUAAUAUAAAGCACUUAUUCAGCGUAACUAGUUGUGAAUUUAUUUGUGAAUAAUUCAUUACUUCUGCUUCAGUUUGUCAAAUAAUUCAAUAAACACUGUGUUCCAAUCCA